AUGCCUUACAACACCCGGAGAAAGUCGCUGUCGCUGCCCUCGCUCGGCAUCCAUCUGCCAAACAGCUCGCGAUCGGCUGCUCACCGCUCACCGCCUGCCUCAGCCGCCAGCACCGAGCAACCUCACCACGCCGCGAAGAAAGUCAAGCGCUCGCACCCCUCAACCUCGCCCCAGCCUCUGAGUCCGGAGCGCACCACGACUCUGCGAUUCCGCGAUGAGCGACCCAAGAGCUCCGGCCGGGUGGCGGAACACACGCCACCGCCGUCGCCUGGUGGGAAGUCGUCGCAAACAAAGGUCAGCACCGAAGGCAUCGACGACACCAUUGUCGUAGGUGUGAUUGAGCAGCUGGAGAAGACGGGUAACCGACCGCAUCUGCUUAAGGAGCUAGCUGCCGUCCUGGCGACGUCCAUUGCAAUUGUCGAAAGCUCUGCGAAUCCCUCUGCUAUCAUCUCCUCACGCCUCGCGACGUACCUACGACGCCCCUGGACUGCACUGUCACAAUGCCCCCUCGACAAAGUGCUCGUCGGCACUCACCCGAAGCGAGUCUACUACUACCUCACCACCUGCGAACACCAGCCCAUCCCCACCGACUCUCUCACCGGCCCAGCAGCUGCACGGAUAAUCUCGCCCUCCCUGUCGUCCGCAGCCUCGGAAGAGGAAGACGCCGACGCACGGACGCGGUCUCAGCUUUCCCCUUCUCCGGAGCUUGACCUCUCAUCGCCCGACUACGAAGACGACUCCACGCCGUUCUCGAAUCGCAAUCCGCUAAUGCAUGGCGGGCCCCACCCACCAACGACGUCCAACAUCUCACAUAAUCGACGAGCUGUCUCACCGCCCUUGGAGCGGGACGAACACGAGUUCACCCAGACUGCCUCUAUCCUCCUGCAAAGGAGUCGCAGCGAGGAUUCCGAGUCAAAGGUCGAGAUCAAGUCCGAGAGGUCUCCCUCGCUUCACGACACAUCAAUGGAGGAUUCAAUCCCUGAGGAGGCUGAGGAAACCGAAGAAAGCGCUGCGCUGCGGAACUCGGAAGCUGCGGCAGCACUGUUUGGCCAGGUCGACCAUCUCUCCGUGCACGUCAUCCAGCCCGCCUUUGCGUCCAGCAGCCCCAUGUUGAAACCGCAUCUCGAGAUUGAGACAGUUCGAGCAACCUUCAAGUCCGGAUUCAGCGAUGAUGUGAAGAUGGGCGACGACGAGACCUGGGCCUGGUCUGAGCUUAAAAGCCCCGAGACCGUGGAGCUCGAUGAGCUAGAGGAUAUGUUUGGGGAGUAUUGA